AUGUAUUGCUCAGACCGAUGCUUUAACUUAGCAGAAAUUUUAUAGCGCGUGCCUAUUUAUAGAUUUCUGAGGGAAAAUUCUAUUACAGAAAAAUCAUUUUGAAAUAGUAGAAAAAUCUUAAAAGCGAAAACCAAAUUGGAGAUUAAUAAAUGAAGCUUUUUUUAAUAUUGAAUCUUUUUGGCUUUUCAAAAUGCAAAAUAAUUUUUCUAAUUCAGCAUUUGUCUGCAGAGAUCUAUAAAGGAGCAUGUGAUAUAUGCGACAAUCAGAUUAGUUCAACCAGCUGCUCUAAUAAAUUCGAUCAUAUUUGUGUCGAUCAUCUGGCUGAUCAUAUCAGCGCGAGCAAUAAAAUUUACUAUUGCGUAGAGCCUAAUUAUCGAAAACCAAAUUAUAGCAAAGAAAGUAUCAUCAACAAGUUAAAAAUUCUAAAGCAAACUAAAAUAAAAUGUAUGGAAGAGGCUCAAAAAGAAAUCGCAAAUGUUAUGGAAAUUCUAAAACAAAAUUUGACUUGCCUUAAUUAUAUGAUAAAUCUUUAUGAAAAAGAUAUGAGGGAAAUUAAUAAACUCAGAAUUAAGCAUUACGAGUAUGAGAAUAAUAUAAAAUCAGACUAUUUUAGGUGAUUUGAUUCAAAAAGCAGAAAUUUAUUUAAGACCUUGAGAUUGGAUAAUAUGGAGGCACUUGAAUUUCAUAUUAAAACUCCAUCUAAAAGUCACAGCAUAAAAUCAUGCCAACUGCCAAAUAAUCAAAUGUUUUGCAUUGGGAUAGUAGGAGCUAGAUAUCUUAUUAUCUUAUUAGAUAGACGGGCUCGUGCCCUUAAUUUUAACGCAAUCACCGAGGAUCCCCUAGGGGAUUCACCCGCUUUGCGAUCUUCCUUCCGUCCGGUCUCCUCCUUGCUUCUUGUAAAAAAUUCCAGUGUUGAGUUGGCAGGCUACGGGUUUGUGCGGCCUCCUGAGGCUGUGGAUUACGAGGUUAGCAUUCCGAAAUCCCAAAAAAUGGAAUUUCUGGUAGCCUGUCGGCAAAAGGGUUAAGUCUAGAUCCUGGGAUUUAACGCCCAGUUUCACGCUAGGCAGUUGUCCGAUUGGUCUAGGAGUUCCCUGUAGACUCUGCUGGGCUUGCCCUUUCCAAAUCUGGACCCUCCUUUUCCUCGAGGUAAAAAACUAGUCUCGAAGUUGGGCUUGGGCUAGGCUCUGCGACCUGCUGAAUUGGCUACCAUAGUAUUGCUGCCCGCCUCAAGGCUAGAGAAAAACCUUGCCGGAUAUACAAUUAAAUAUGUGUCGAGGCUGUAUGGCCGAGAGGCCAUACCUAGACAAAGACGACAUAUUUAAUUGUAGGAGCUAGAUAUCAAGGAUUCAUUCUUGAUGAAAGCAACAACGUAAUAGAAAUUACUCCUAAAGUCUUAUUUUUAUUCGACACAAAUUUAGUAUACUUAGACCAAAGUGUUUAUCAGCUUGGCAUUCAAGGGGGAUGAAGAAACAGACAUAGAUGUAAAUCCAAAAAAUAUUCAUUGAAGUCAAAAAAAUGGCAGAAUGUCGCUCAAAAAGUAAUCCCAUUAAAAGAAGGCGGAGAUUGAUGCUGUGCUGCUUUUGUAAAUAAAAUUCUGAUGCUUGAUCUUAGCCAUAACUCAAAGGCAAUUAUGCUGUAUGACCCUAUUCCGAACACAUAUUCUGAGAUACCAUUUAGUGUCAUAACAGCUUUUAAAUUUAUUUUCGUUGCAAAGCAGAGGGCUUAUAUUGUAUUGCCAAUGGAUUAUAUUUUUGAAAGUUAUCUCAAUGACCCAUACCAUUGAAAUCCAAUCAUAGAGAGAAGCGAUUUUUGUCAAUUUCAGCGUUCAAAAUGUUUUGAUUAUGGUAUAAACGAAUGCUAUGCUUUUAUAUUAUAUGCUGACGAUAUCUAUUGCUUUGACUGGAAGAAAAAAGAUAAUAUAAAAUUAAUGAAUUUUACAUAA